AUGCCGCGUGCCAGCAAGACCGCCACGCGCACGCGCGCCGCCGUGAGCCCCUCGUUCGACGGCGACGACGCGCCGCACGCCGACCAAGUCGAUGAGCCUCAGCCCAAGCCCAAGAAGGCGCGCACGGCAGGCGCCCGCGUCAAGGGUCGUCGAGGCGCCAUGUCGGCCUUCACCAACAUCCCGCUCGACCUCCUGUACGACAUCUGCGCCAACCUCGAGCCUCGCGACCUGCUCGCCCUGUCGACCACGUCCAAGGUCUUCCGCUCGGUCGUCACGGGCGCGGCGUCGGCCCCGCUGUGGGUCGCCGCUCGCAAGCGAGUCGGCCUGCCCGAACUCGCGCACCCGAUGACGGACCUGCAGUACGCGCACUUGCUCUUUGGCAAGGGCUGCUCAUUCUGUACGCGCAAGAACGCCGGCAAGCCCGAGGUCUUCUACCGUGCGAGGAUCUGCACGGCCUGCAUGAAGGACAAGUUCGCCGAUACCAUCUCGGACCAAGGAGUGAGGGCGUUCGCCGAGGCGUUCAAGGACCACAAGAAGAUGCACCCGUUCACGCUCCUCGUCGCAAAUCAAACAGCUGUCGAGCCUCGUCGCGAUGUGCCGCAUUACCGCCUCGAGGAGGUCAUCCGUGUCAGCGCCGAUCUGCAUAGCCGGUUCCCCGAGUCGUCCUUCAGCUCGAGCCUUGGACAUGGCUCCGACAGCUUCUUCUUCAUCUUCACCCGCACAAGCGGCAAGCGUCGGUCGCAGGCGAUCCAUACGGAGGUCACGGAGAAGAGCACGCCGUUCGAGCGGUGGUGGUUCGCCGAGCGCGAGGACAAGUUCUGGGCGCAGCAGGAGGACGGCUUCAAGCUGAGCGAGUGGAUCAUCAAGCAGAAGAUCGCCCAGGCCGUGACCAAGGAGGACCUGCGCAAAGCGCGUCGGGAAGAAAUCCGCCGCCGCUUCAAGGACCAAGGGUUCCAGCCCGACGAGUUCAACUUGGACUUUCACCGCCACUCGCUCUUCAACAAGCCCGAGCUCCUCACCGAGCGCACCUGGACGACGGUCGAGGCGGCGCUCAAGCCCAUCCUGCUCGCCUCGCGUUCGACUUGCCGGCGCCGCUUCUUCCAGGAGCAGCUCGCGACCUACCAGGUCCAACCCGUCGCGAGCCUCCUCGCCGCCUACUAUCCCAGCUCCGCCACCGUCUUGUCGGCGCUGCCGACUUGGCAGGCCGCCUGCAACGUCGACGGGUUCGUCGAGCUCGACGAGCUGUGGGCGUCGCACAAGGACGCCAUCGUCGGCGAGCUCGACGUGCUCGUGCGCAGCCGCAUCGAGGGCAUGUUGCGGGCCGUCGGCAAGGCCCACGCCGACGCCGUCUCUGCGCAGGAGCGCGGCGAGGCCGACGAGCUCGUGCCCGACGCCGAGCCCGCCAGCGUCGAGGUGCCGGCCCUCCCGGCCUUGAUGCCUCGCUCGGACGACGAGCCCGUCACCGCGACGGACGCCCAGCUCGUCGCCUUCCUCGCCGACGACCCGCUGUCCAAGUUCGUCAACUCGUGCUGCACCAUCGUCCGCGACGGCAGUUCGGCCCUCAAGCACGUGGCGUCCAGCACCUGCGCUGUGUUCAAGCGCGUCGAGGCCACGGAAUGGGCCGUGUGCGGCGGCGGCGGGCCCGGCAACCUCGAGAUCGACGGCAAGAUCCUCAUCCGGCUCCUGUACCUCCGGCGCCUGCUCGACUCGACCCAGCUCGUCCCGCAAGACGCCGAGAUCGAGAAGGCCAUCAUGACGCACAAGCUCGACGCGAUCUAUCCGCGCGUCGAGGACCGCAUGACCAAGGUGCCCAAGUGCAACUGCGGCCUGUACAGCGCGACCACCGCCAAGGACCUGCUCCCUCAGAUUCGACUUCGUUCCCGAGCCUGA